AUGGAUGCGUACAGGAGAAAAUACAAAAAAAAUCCUGGGUCCGGUACGGAAGGGUAUUUGAACCAGCUUCGAUUAUCGACGCUGUAUUUUUCUCGUCUAGCUGCAAGUGGCAAACGUUUUGAGAUAGGAGUUGAAGUGGCAGUAGCUGGAAAAUUCGAUGACAUCGUAAUGCACUUGUUGGACGAAGAGCAAUACUGUUUGGUACAGGCCAAACAUAAGCAAGAUGAAUCGAAGCGCAUCAUGUUGGACGAUCUGCUGAAAACGACAACGGAAUACAGUUUGCCGAAAUACUUCGAUUCGUUCCAGGGGCUGAAGCAGGAAAAAUUAUUUCAGGAUGAACGAUUAAAGUACAUUGUUAUCUACACCAACCUCAAGGUGGACGAGAAUGUGAUGAAACUUAUCGAACCAGUUGAGCCAGCCUCCGAUGUGUUUCUUCAUACACUGAACGUACGCUGUAGAGGAAAAGAGUCAUCGCUGUACCGCUUCAAUACAAACUGUACUGAGUUCAUAGAGCAGUUAAUUGAUCGCGUUUCCCCCAUCUGUGAGGUCGCACGAAAACUUGCAGAACAGUUGGUGCAGCGGAAGAAAAUUUCUAUAAAUCCCAAUGGAAUAUUUCAUGAGUUUCAUGCCUUGCUCGUACGCGAUGUUUUUGAUUUGGAACGGCAGCUGUUUCGGGAAUCGUUUGUAAUGGACGUGGAAGGCAUAGAUCCUUGUGUGAUAAAGUUUCGCAUUGUACUCGAGCGAAUGUUGCGCUCUAUUAUGAAGAGUGAUGAUUUCGCAAUCACCCAACUCAAUCGAUUAAUCGUUAGUGGUAAGCUGAAAUUGUUGUUUGAACCUGGAUUUCUAUGCAGAGCGGUUAAUCCAACACAACGUGUUAAGGACUGGAUAGACUACAGAGUUCAACGGACAGAAGUGAUAAAAUUUUUCGACCAUCUCUUAUUAGCUACAGAUCAGCCGAAUUUUAUUGAGCUGGAAGCGAUCACAAAAGUUGAAGUGUUUGGUUUAAAAGAGCAAGUGGACGAAUACAUGCGUGCUGUGUUUGAUCAAGUAGAUCGAUGGAUACGUGAUUCUGAAGGACAGUUUCUCGAUGGCAACGAUUGGAGGCUUAUUUGUAGUAAUUCUAAAGCUCGUAUCGCGGGCAAGAAAUGGUUACUUAAAUCGGAGGAAUAUCAAAAGUCAAAUCCCGCGACUGGCUACGUGUUUGAACGAAAUACAUUGCUAGCACCAAUCGAACAGUUCUUGGCUAAAGUGAACCAACAUAACAUGUUAGUACUAGCUGCGUACAAUGCGGAAGUAAGUGCUUCAAGGGUUUUGCAAGUGUUGAUGACACUGCGGGAACAGUUUGUUGUGUUCGACGCUCAUUGUUUUCUAGAUUUCGAAGAUCUCGAAAGUUGUGCUUUGUUUUUGAAAAACGUGUCCAGCAAGGUGAUGGUAAUCGUGUCCAAUGACAAGUGUUGCCGUUCAGCAAUUAGAAACGUGCGGCACAAGUUUAAUGUGUUAACAAACGCGAAAACUAUUUAUAUUGCAUGCAAUAUGCAGCAGGAGUAUUUUGCAGACAAGAUUGACCAUAUACAUUCCGACCGGUUUGAGCUUGGAGAUAUGAGCAGGCAAUCACGUCAAAAACUGCUCGAAAAAAAAAUUAUACUCCAACAACGCAGCGUUCGGCUUCACGAUCUACUGUCGGAGGAGAUAGCUUUGCAACUGUUAGACAUGGAGUUUAUCUGUCAGUUGCUGAUGAAUCAAGUAGAUCCUAUAGUUUACAGUUUUAAGUAUCAAUGUCAACUUAAGGGACAAUAUUUCAGCCGAACGCUUAUUAGUGAACGGAGCGUCAUUGAUGAAACAGGAUUUGAUCAGCUGUUGACGACCAAUAAAGCAGUGAUACUUUCAAAUGUGCCAGGCAUGGGUAAAACUACUUUCCUGCAAAAUUUAAUUGACCGAUUGUUUAGUUCGCUGCCAGAUCAUGUGAUAUGUCUUAUGCAUCUCAAGUUUUAUACCGACACACUGGGGGAAAUCACCAAACUCAACGCUCGCACAAUCAGUGUGGAGGAUGCAAUACGGCAUGCUACAAAGUGCUUUUUUGCUGGAAGUUCUCGCUUAGGUCAGGUUCUUUUUCGCAACGCGAUCCUAAAUACGGGCAAAUUGAUCGUGCUGGUCGAUGGAUACGACAGUGUAAUUAAUCGCUACAAAAUAUCUGUCGAAAAGGCCUCCGAGCUGUUUCUUCAGUAUCCGUUUCGUAUGCGUAAUCUGUUGAUCGCGACACGACCACACGAAACGGAACACCUUCGCGUGUCGCUACCUCAGGCAAGAGUUGUUUCGCUGCUGCCAUUCGAAGAGCAUCAGUGCGUUGAGUUUCUUACUCGAUGGUGGAACUGCAGCAGUCACUUAAAGGCUAGCAAUAUGUUACAGUACCUGCGACAUAGUUAUGCUGACUGGAUCGUCGGAAGUCCGUUUCAAAUAAAACUUAUGGCUGAAAUCUACCAAGAAGAUAAGACAAUCAUCACGAACUUUGGCGCUCUGCUGGAACGCUAUUUAGAUAAACAGUUUCAUGAAUCGAAUCAACGGGCAAUACAGGUUAUGGGCAUUGGACAGCAGCGCAUGGCUGCGGAAACACUGAAACAGGCAGCUCAUGAAGGUCAUUGCGAACUUGCAGCACACUUAACCUUUUACCCGGAGCUAAAAAUCGACAACCCCAAGUUUGUCUUCCUGCUUGAUAUUGGAUUGAUAGUGGUUGGGGAUGGUCGGAUGAGAUUUGAACAUCAUCUAUUUCAGUACUAUUUCGCUGCAGAAGCGUUAAUGAAGGGCAAGCCGAUCGCUUAUGGCGACGAACAAGUUUGGCAAAUUUUAGACGAUCCAUUGAAUAAAUACCUGAAUAAGUUUCUUACGUACCACCUUAGCAAACCAAAAAAUGCACACUACCGCGAGUAUUUCCGUAGGACUUCACGCACUCAAGGGCAACAUAUCACAUCCGGCAACCGUUAA